UUUUCUUUUUUUUUUUUUUUUCUUUUAAAGCCUUGUUUAUCCAGAGCAAGAGAGGGAGAGAGAGGAGUGAGAUGAGGCUUCUCUCUGUUGCGCCCAAUGCCGGGGAUCAAAUCUUUGCGCUCUCCAUUAAGGUUAAGGAAUGAAAUAGUUUUUGUUGGAAGGGAAAGGCAAAUGAAGAAGGGCAAAACCUUGUUACUCUAAAGCAGAGACAUGUGACAAUUUUCAAGAAGUUUGCUCCCCCAUUAAUGGCUGCCAUUGUAGCCUUAUCUCCUAUUUUCAAUACCCCAGUGUCAUUUGGACAAAGCAUAGAUAUACAAAAGGGAGCUACAUUGUUUCGUCGAGCUUGCAUUGGAUGUCAUGAUGCUGGUGAAAAUGUAAUUCAACCGGGUGCAACUCUUUUUACAAAUGAUCUACAGAGAAAUGGAGUUGACACAGAAGAUAAGCUAUUCCGCAUCACAUACUACGGGAAAGGCAGAAUGCCUGGAUUUGGCGAAAACUGCACACCAAGAGGGCAAUGUACUUUUGGACCGCGGUUGCAAGAUGAAGAAAUCAAGCUUUUGGCACAGCUUGUAAAGUUUCAGGCGGAUCAAGGGUGGCCAGAUUUGCCAAGUACUGAUGAUUGAUUCUUGCUAAACCCAAAUGAGGGUAUAUAAAUUAUGAAACAUUUUACUCUUGUAUGUGAUUAGGUUAUGGCAGUCAAAUUCGAAAAGCCCAACUCCACUUGAUUGUAGCACUUUGCUGCCUUGCUUUUCAUCCGAUCACAAUCAAAUUUAAUUUGUUAAU